CGAUUUUAUCGGACGUGCGAAUCGCAUGCCGUGUCAACGCUCUUCCGAUUCGCAUUGCGAUUUUUUUAGUGUGUUUGACAUUUGAAGAUAAACAAAACGACAACAACACAAAGCAGCCUCUGAAUAAAGGCUAACACGCUAAAGUUAACUUUAAAUAAAUCUGCUCUUAGUUAUUGAUAGUUACUGCUAGUGGAAAAAGGCAAGCUCUAGUAUCGAGUCGUUUAGACACUUUACCUCUUCCGCUGCAGAUGCCAUGCCAACAACACUGCCAGUAUCUCCAGCGUUUGCUUCUCCAUUAGUUGCAGCUCCUACACAACCAUCAUCCGGUUUAUCCGAAUCAUCAUCCGGACCACAUAGUAUGAUGGAUUCUCAUCCUUGGACUGAUGUUAUUAAUCGCUCGUAUCGGAUCAAAAUCAAAACGGAAGUUUUUGCAAAGCUUGCUCACGAUUUCAUUAUGUCGUAAACAGUGGCGGAUUUAACUGUACGCGGACUGUGCGGCCGCGGGAGGCCCCGUGUAUGGUAAUUCCAACUUAAAGAACAGUGAGUACAGGAGUCUCAUCGAGAGCUUUUGUGCUAGAUAGGGGCCCCAUGGAUGAAGGGACUCAUAAGCUCACCCUCCACCCCCCGCCAGCAAACCAUUAAAGCGUGAAUGCUACAAUAUCUCUCGACACCUACCUGGGGCCUCCACUCCUUUUGCCGCUUGAGCCCCCAACACUUUAAAUCCGCCACUGGUCUUAAAUCUAACCAAUUUUCGCAACAUCAUCAACGCAUGCAGCUGCACUUUAACGAUAAAGCUACACUAAUUGUUUUAAAGAUAUAUAGUGUUCCAAAACAUCAUUCAAUCUAUAAUUGAAUAUCAUAUUCAUCAUCGUAUGCAUCAUCAUCACUGUAACAAAUUUUUGUCCAAACUUAACUCUUAUAUGUUUUGUUUUGUUUUUUUUUUAGAUGGAUUCAGAUUCUGAAACGGAACUAUACAGUUCGAGCAUAGCUUUGCGCUACUUACUAUUAAAAAGAAGGCGCGAUAAAACCAACGAUCUGUGGGAAAAACGUGAAAAAAUCGGGCAAUACCACACAUUGUUUCAUGAACUUUUGAAACAAGAAGAUAAAUUCUUCGAGUUUAUGAGAGUUUCAAUUAAAACUUUUUACUUCAUACUGAGAAGGAUAGAGCAUCUUAUAACAAAGCAACCUACAAACAAACCAUACAUUUGUCCAGAGGAACGAUUGAUGAUCACUCUCAGGUAUCUAUCGACUGGAAUACCUUUUAAGUCUUUAUCAUUCACAUAUUGUAUUGCUCACAAUACAAUCGGCCUCAUUGUCUACGAAACAUGUGAGGCAAUUUGGAACACGUUUAAUGAAGAGUUUAUCCCGUUCCCUACAACGUCUGCAUUUAGGAAUGUGGAAAAAGAGUUUCGCCAUAAAUGGAAUUUUCCUAAUUGUAUCGGCGCCAUAGAUGGCAAGCAUAUCCGAAUGAAAGCCCCGGCAUUUUCAGGUACACAAUAUUAUAAUUAUAAAAAAUAUUUUUCUCUGCAUUUGCAAGCAGUAGCAGAUGUGAAUUGGAAAUUUAUCGCCAUUGACGUUGGUGAAUAUGGGAGUCGUAGCGAUAGCGGCGUCUUUAAUUCGUCAUCAUUGUUUGAGCUCAUUCGUUCAAAUCGGCUCAACAUCCCUCCUCCUAAACCACUGCCUGGUACUAGCCAAAGAAUGCCUCACGUGUUUAUAGGCGAUCAGGGUUAUCCACUAAAACCUUUCUUACUGCGGCCUUUUCCGGAUAGUGAAGAUCCGGCAAAAAAUUACUUCAACCAUCUGCUGAGUAUGGCAAGACGCUGCGUUGAAUGCGCCUUUGGUUUGUUGGUGGUAAAAUGGCGUUUCCUCAAGCAAGAACUCCAGAUAACUCCGGAACACGUCUCAAUAAUCGUCAAAACAGCAUGCCUGUUGCAUAACAUGUGCAUAGAUUUUAGAGAAAGCACGGAAUUAAUGAAUAACAUUAACCCACAAUCCAACGCCAACAGGAACAGAGCAAACAAUCAUCCAUCUCAAGAGGCUACAGAUAUUCGAAAUGUCUUCAAAAAUUAUUUUUAUGAUCGAAUUUAUCAAUAAUGUUCGAUGAAGUACAUAUUCGAUGAAGUAAAAACAUACAUUGCCAAGGAUUAUCGUUAUACAAAAGACAAUGGCUGGUAUUAUUGAAUCCGUUCGUAGCGGCGGUGUACGUCCUGCCAUUCAUUUUCCUAACGUACUAGAUGGUUGCUACAGUUAUUUACCGAGGCGUUGUAGGACCGGGCUAAAGAAAUGUGUUUCAAGAAUUUCAUGAGAACACCGUACGUUCCCGCUACGAACGGAUUCAAUGAUACCAGCCAAUACCAUUAAUCCGUUUUUAGUCAGGGUGCUCAUUGCCAAUUUAUUAUUCGAAAAAUAUUAAGGAAAUAAAAUGAUAAAGGAUAUAUUUUGAAAA